UUACAAUCAGGUAUCAUGUGGUGUGAAGGUGUACUUUCCAAAGAAAAUGAAGGUUCUAUGGAACAUCUGUGGAUUUGCUCCUCUAAUGAAGGUCAUGGUCAAGUCUCUGUUGUGUCUCUUCAUACAGACAAGCCAUCUCUAAUAGAAUCAUUUCAGGCCACUAAAUGUAUGAUUAUAUGUGUAGAGACUGUGCCAGGUUAUGCCAGGGUCAGAUCAGAGGCAGUAUUUGAAGAAGACACAGUCUGGAUGAGUACAUCAGACUCAGAGAUCCAAGUAUUUAUGCUAAGUGAAAGGCAAGCAGACUUACAUAGACACUGUAUUUAUACAUUUGAAGUUGGCUGUAUAACUAUCUCUAUGAGAUACAUUGAUGAUCUUAUGUUUUGUGGAAAUAGGAAUGGGAAGGUGAUCAUUUUCUCCAGAAAUGAUGAUGGUGUUUGGAGUGAAUCAAGGAGAAUAACUCUAGGAUUGAAUCCAGUAACCUCCCUUAUCUGUAUAGGAGAUAAUAUGUGGGCAGCUUGCGGAACAAAAAUCUAUAUGAUUGAUAUAGACACUUACGUGAUUCAGGACAAUGUGGAGCAUCAGCUUACAGAGAAAGAUGACCAAACAAUACAUUUUGAGUAUUUAGUGAAGACUGGUGUUGGGGUAUGGGCAUCUUUCAUUGGUCAGCCAAAUAUCUGCCUGUACCACAGUGAGAGCAGGCGACUGCUACAGGACUUCAAUAUCUGCACUGCUGUCCAUGAAUUCAUUAAAGUAUAUUCUGGAAUAGAAGAAAGAAAGAAUUUUCAAGUUACUUGUUUAAUGGCAAGUCUUGGGCUGCUUUGGGUUGGAACUAAUGUUGGAAUAAUACUGGUAUAUCCUCUUCCAAGAUUACGAGAUGGCGUCCCAAGAAUUAACGAGCGUCCACAAGUAGCUCUCCACAGUCAUAGUGAAGCAGUAAAGUUUCUAUUACCGAUGCAUUACGGGCCAGUUAGUGGGGCACCUAUAAGAAGAAGGAUGGAAUCUGUCCUUAAGAAAUACAAAGUUGAUGACUCUGUAAUAAGACAUUUAUCUAUUGUUGAUGAAAACGAGACAGCUGACAGUAGACCAAAUUCUUAUAUAAGUUUGGAUGCUGUUGGCAUGGUGACAGGUGAUAAUGUGUAUGAAGAUGUUGAUUUCCAAGGUUAUAAAAGAGAUACUGACAGUCAGAUUUAUGAAGAAAUUCCAAGUAAAGUGACGGAAGUUAAAAGAAAGUCUCUUGAAGACUUGACUGAUAGAGAUGCUACACAAGAUGAAGUUAGUAAAUUUAUAUCCAAACUUUCAGUCAGGCCCAAAAACAAUUUCAAAUCCGGCAAAAUCAUUAACGAGGCAGUGGCCUUUCUUCAAAGUUUACCGGAUAUUAGGGACGAGUCUAAGAAAGAGAAAGAUAAAGACUCCCUGUACUUUCGACCACGAAUGAGUAGCGGAAUAAAAGCGAAAAAACCGGAACUUCUCCUCCUCCCAAGUGAAAAACUCGACAAAAAAAGGAGAAAAAGCCGUCUCGGUUUUCUAAGCGGAAAUCUUCACCAAAGAAACUAG